AUUCAACUAAAGUAUUUAUUAUUAUACUCGCGGCGUGGAGUCAAAUAUGCAUGUUGGCAAUUGCGGUCAUACGCCGUCGUAUGCAAACAGACAACAAAUAAAAGCUACAACAGCUGCGAAAAAACCACUGAUUGCAACAAAAUUCAUGCUAAAAGCUAUAAUAGUUAAUAGUAAUAACGAAAAUAAAAACCAACCACUUGAUAAGUGCAACUGUGCUGAUACUUGAUUGGUAACAGCAGCGACAACGGCAGCCACAAGGGUAGCAGCAGCAGCAAAGUGGCAAUAAAAACGUUUAACCAAUCAAAUUAACAAUCAUUAAAAUAUUCAUACAGCCGUGAAUAGUGAAAUACAUACCUAACGCACAACGAACGGUUAAAUGUGUAGUUGAAGAGAGACCACUAAUAAAAUAGUUACAUAGCUUACCUAUACUCAAAAGCAGCUAAAAAAAAAGUUAUCAACGUACUUCGAAUGAAGCCUUGGAAUUAUCUUCAAUCAAACCGACACACUCGACAUCAUUCAAUAGCACGGCUCAAAACCGAGAACUUAUGUUCAAAAAAGCUGGUAUAAAAUUAUAAAAGCAUAACAAUAAAGUCAGCUAACAAACCAAUUAAUUCAAGCCAAAAUCAAAUAAGCGACAAAAACAAAAAUGUAUCCGAAAAACCUGCAAAAUAGGCCAAAAGGCACACCAGCUUGCUCACGAUACCGGUGUCAUACAAGCAAUAGAUGCAUGCAUACUUUAACCCUAUUCCUCAGUUGUCUGUGCGCUCUUGCCGCGCUAGUGACGCCCGCUUAUGCACUGGCCAACUGUCCGAGUAGUUGUCAGUGUGAUGACGAUACGCUGGUGGUGCGUUGCGGCGAAGGUACACUCGAUGUGUUACCCAUCACACUAAAUCCCUUCAUACAGCGUCUGGUGAUACAAAGCAACAAAAUCAAAACGAUCGAUUCAUCGCUGCAGUUCUAUGCAGAGUUGCUGUUUCUCGAUCUUUCCUACAACGAUUUGGUCACAUUGCCACAACGUACAUUCCAGUUUCAACGCAAACUCCAAGAGCUACAUCUAAAUCACAACAAGAUCGGACAAAUCAGCAAUAUGACCUUUGUGGGCUUAACCGUAUUGACGGUGCUUAACUUGCGUGGCAAUCUGCUGGCAGAGCUCGAGCAGGGCACUUUUGCGAAAAUGUCAAAAAUAGAGGAACUAAAUUUGGGACAGAACCGCAUCAAUCGCAUCGAUCCGCAUGCCUUCGAUGGUUUGGUGAAUCUGCGUACACUUUACUUGGAUGAUAAUACAUUGACUACAGUGCCAGCGCCCAGCAUUUUCAAAGCAAUGCCAAACUUAGCUGAACUCUAUUUGGGUACAAAUUCUUUUACGUCCAUACAAGCCAAUGCCUUUAUCGAUCUAAAGGGCUUGACACGUUUGGAUUUGCGUGGUGCUGGGCUGCACAAUAUUUCUGCUGAGGCCUUGAAGGGGCCGGACGGUUUGCGAUACCUGGAUCUGGCUGAUAAUCGCUUACAGGUGGUGCCUACCAAUGCGCUUAGCCACUUAGAGCGGUUAGAAGAGCUACUACUCGGGCAAAACGAUUUUGAGGUGAUUGGCAGCGGCGCCUUUGCUGGCCUUAAGCAGUUACGCAAGCUUGAAAUCACAGGUGCUCAGCGGCUGCGAAGCGUACAAAAUGGCGCCUUCAAUGCCAACACCAACCUCGAACACUUGAAUCUCUCAUCCAAUAAAAUGUUGCAAGAAGUGCAGGAAAAUGCAUUAGGUGGGCUGCCACACUUGCGUCACGUCAUACUCAAGGAAAACGAUCUGCGCACCCUAGCUGAGGGCCUAGUACCUUGGUCCGAUCUGCAAACACUCGAUCUCUCCGACAACCCCAUUGUGUGCGACUGUCAAGUGCUCUGGCUACGCAAUCUGCUCGUGUCGAAGAACUCGUCUAAUGAUAAGUUGGUCGGGGUAAUGUGCGCCUACCCGGAGCCCAUGCGUAAGGAACCGCUCUCGCAGCUCUCGCCCGCCAUGCUCGGCUGCUCGCACAGCGAUUCAAAGCAGCAGGCGCUGAUUGUUGUGGUUGUCGUCGUCUCCACUGCCACCAUAACUGGGCUAUCGCUGCUAAUUUACGGCUGCCGGCGCCGCAUCCGCGAAACGCUCAAAGGCGGCUGGGGCAAUUCAGCGUUGGGUCGCAAGGAACGCGAAUAUCAAAAAACCUGCUCCGACGAGGAGUACAUGACACGGCAGCAGCAUUCCUGCAGCCUGAGUAUACAGCCAACGAUCCCAUACACCAGCAGCAGCGGUUACAAUAUGCACCAGACGCAGCCGUAUAUGGGCUCACGGCCCAUACCCGUCACCGAACUAUAGCUAGAAGCACCACCCCCACC